AUAUUAGAUAUACAGAAAUACAGCAUACAGAAAUAUUCAAAAAUAUUCAGCAUACAAUAAUUAAUUUCUGGACUUGUAAUACAGUUAACAUGACAAAUAAUCAUGCUUGCAAAAGCACUAGAAGCAUCACAGUGUUAAAAAAACUAUGAUUACAAACACGCCACAAUAUCGUCGUCAUACUGUUAAAAGUAAUCAGCCUGAUGUUUUGGAAAUGUACAACUUCAUCACUGUGUGUCUGCCUGAAAAUUGAUUGGGCACACAAAAUACUUCUAUGGGAUCUUAAUGAAACCCACUCUAGGACAUAUGCUCAUAUACAGAAGAUUACCUGUACAUAUUAGUGCUGUCAAAAUUAACGAGUUAAUUUUUUGAGAUUAAUGUGAAAUGUUUAACGCGUUAAAAAAAAUAAUAACGCAGUUUCCCCCUGUAAUACAAGACCUUUUAACUCAUCGGCAGCUCUGAAGGAGGGGGCAGCAUUGUGCUAUUCUGGCGUUUUGCCUGCCGGAAAUAAUUAGACGAAGAAGAAGUGUUACCACGCUAUUAUAAGCAAACACGCAACAAUGGAUAAGGACGGGCUUUUGGGGGGGAAGUUUUACUUUAAGAAGUUGCCUAACGGCUUGUUGGACAAAACGAAAGUAACGUGCACAAUUUGCAAAGCUGAAUUCAGGUACCACAGAAGCAAUUCGUCUCUGUGCUAUCACCUGAGAGCAAAACACCCAGAAUCCACCUCUACGGGAUCUUGCCAAUCUACGCCUCAGGAUUAUGGUGCUCGUGGACGGAUAACAAAACAUGUGAGUGAAAAGCUAACCAAUUCUUUGGUUGUUUGGAUAGCUAAAAACUGCCGACCAGUUAGCAUAGUAGAAGAUGAUGGACUGAGAGAAGUCAUUCGCGUUGCAUCAGGAGACGUGCGUUAUAAUCUUCCCUCGAGAGGAACCAUCGUGUCGAGACUGCACACUUUGUAUGAGGACCAGAGGGAUCAGCGGUCCAGCAAGCUUGUGCAAGUAAGGAAUGUCGCUCUCACAGGAGAUCGCUGGACUUCGGUGAACAACGAUAACUACUCUGGCGUCACGGCGCAUUUUAUUGAUAACGACUGGACACUACAAUCGUUUGCACUAACAGUGAGUAAAACUGAAGAGCGACAGUGUGCUGAGGCGUGUGCUGACCAUUUUCUGAGUGUUGCAAAUGAAUGGAAAAUUAAGGACAAGUUAACCACGUUUGGCACCGACAGUGCUCGUAACAUGGUUGCAGCCGCCAGACUACUUCCAUUUGAACACAUGCCCUGCACGGCCCAAAUUCUGCAAAGAACGAUCACAGUUUCUCUUAACGACAGUGAAUUUGAAAGGGUUCUGGCCAAAUGUCGCAAGGUUGUUGGACAUUUUAAGCAGAGUCCAGCGAACGCUCAGGAAUUAAAGGAACAGCAAGUUGCACAUGGACAAAAAACAGAACCACUUGUUCGGGACGUUCCAACAAGAUGGAAUUCCACCCUAGAGAUGAUCAAGCGGAUCCAGAGAAACAAAUCUGUGCUGACCACCAUCCUGGCUCAGCAAAACAGCAUGGUGACUAUGUUGACCGACCAGGAGUUUGACAUACUGCAAAAGCUGGAGGAACUACUUGAACCUUGCAGAUAUGUGACCGAACUGCUGGGGGGGAAGCAGUAUGUCUCCUGCUCCGUGGUGUUGCCAGCCUUGUGUUAUUUGUUCAGGGUUAUGGAGCUCUCAGAUGAUGACCCAGUCUACGUUUUGAGGUUUAAGAAGGUUUUUACCACAGACCUAGCUCAGCGGAGGGACAGCAUCAAUCUGACAUGGCUGAAGAUCGCUACUGCCCUUGAUCCCAGGUUUAAAGACCUUAAGUGUGUUUCCAAAGAUGAAAGAAGAGAGGUGUGGGCUUCAUUACAUGACCUUGUGAUGGCAGAGACGCAUGCACACCAACCAUCUGCUCAGACAACAGAGGAACCAUCACCAAAAAAGAGAAAGAUCGCCAUCUGCUUGCUGGGUUCUUCAGAUUCAGAUUCAGAGGAAGAGGAAGACUCUAUAGAUCGCUGUCUGGAUCGGUACAAAGCAGAGCCCAAAAUAGACAUAGAGGAGUGUCCACUACAGUGGUGGUUAAAGAGAGAAGGAGCACAUGCCAGGCUGGCACCUAUUGCAUGCAAAUACCUGUCAACCCCUGCAACCACAGUGCCUUGUGAGAGAUUAUUCUCACUCUCAGGUCACAUCAUUCAAAAGAGGAGUGCUUCUUUGUCUUCAGAUGAUGUCAACAAAAUAGUCUGCCUCAAUAACUGGCUGAGUGUAAAGGACUAAGCCAAAUUGCUGCUUUGGAGAGAAUAAUGUUCACCACUCUGGGUUUUCAGCUGUCUUUUUGUGUUUUAAAUAUUGACUUUUGUGCACCCUUUUGAAAUUCAGCAUUAAAGUGUUACAUUUUGUUAUUUAUAUUUCUAUUGUUAGGAGAGAAUCUGUGUUAGAUUGACAAUGACUAUUAAAAAUCUCUUUGAAUUUAAGCAUACAUUCUUUGUGUUUAUUCUGCAUUUACUUCAUUAUGUUACUUAUAUUGGCUUAAAUAUCUGUUACAAGCUUAAAUAUAAAGUUGAACAAAUGUAAUUGCAGGCAGGGUAUUUUUCAAAUAAUUGCAGACAAAUUACAAAUUUGUGCCAAAUACUUUUUUUUUUUUUUUCUUAUAUAUAUGGUAUGUAACAUUGGGUAUGUUUAUGGUGUAUUUUUAAAUAUCUAUUAUUACCAUAUCUUCAUUAGUAAUACUACUAAUAGUGAUUUUCUAAGACAAUUAUAAAAAGAAAAAUACGUGGCAUAAAAUACUCUUCCAAUACUUGAUGUUUCAAAAAGUUAGAAAAAACAUUCACACAUUUUUAGCCCAAAGAAGAAAAACUGUGACAUAAAAUAUUAAACAUUAAAAAUUAAAAAAAAGUUAAAUGAAUCAUUCAGCACAUUACAUGUUAGGUCUGAAUAACUUUAGUCCUGUCAUUACCAACUAUUCAAAGAGCAUGUAAAUUAACACUGCCAUUCCACAUAAAACACAACAUUACUUAAUACAUGCAUCAUGUAUUUUCAUAGCCUCAUAAUGAAAAACAUGAUGACAAAUAUGUGAGGGGAAGAGU